AUGGUCGCUCCCACCAAAAAGCCGAGGCUCGUCAUCAUGGGCUCUCGGGACUACCACAUUGACGAUUUCGUUGCCGAAUACCAGCAAGAGUUCGAGUACUCAGUUCUCGACGCGCAAAACCGCCAGGAAGCGCUCGUAAAACUACCCCAAGAUAUCGCCCAGAAUGGUCCCAUAGACGCCUUCAUCAUCCGCGUCGGAACCACAGAAUUCGAACCCUUUGACGAACAGCUCCUGGGUCCAUUAGUCCCUGGGUGCAAAAUCAUCGCCUCUGCAUCGGCGGGAUACAACGAAUUUGCCGUAGACUGGAUGACGCGCAACGGCAUCUGGUUCUGCAACACACUAGACGCAGUGGCCGAAGCAACCGCCGACAUGGCCAUGUUUCUCACUCUUGCUGUCCUUCGAGAUUCUUACCGUGCAGAAAGAGGCGCCAGGUCAGGAACCUGGAAGGCCGGCCUCGUGCCCAGUAAAGAUCCGUCCAACACCACCCUUGGAAUCAUUGGCAUGGGCAGCAUUGGGAAAUACCUCGCCCGCAAAGCGUCCGUCUUCAACAUGCGCAUCAAGUACUACAACCGAAAACGACUAUCACCCUCAGACGAAGCGAAAUACAGCGCCACGUACUGUCCUACCCUCGAGAAACUUCUCGCCGAGUCAGACGUCGUCUCCAUCAACUGCCCCCUCACAAAGGAAACCACCAAUCUCAUCUCACACAAGCAAAUCAGCCAAAUGAAGGAUGGGGCCUUCAUCGUCAACACCGCCCGCGGGGCCAUCAUCGACGAAGACGCACUGAUUGCGGGCUUGGAAAGUGGAAAGAUUACCCGUGCGGGACUGGAUGUGUUUGUUGAUGAGCCCGGUAUGAAUGAGUACUUUCGCACAAGUGACAAGGUCAUUUGCCAGCCGCACAUGGGGGCCGUGACUACCGAGGCGUUUAGAAGAGGAGAGAAGGAGUGUUUGGAGAAUUUGAGGGCCUUUUUUCGGACGGGGAGGCCGGUUGCGCCUGUGAAUGAGAUUGAUCACAAGGUAGCGUAG